AUGUCUCGUCGUGGUGGUUCUAAGCAAUCUGAUCCGCCGCACUCUUCCGCUCCUUCUCCGUCUGGCAGAGCCCGAGGCCGUGGACGUGGUCGCGGUCGAACAGAACACUUCGCUCCUUCUCCGGCUCCGACCGCCGCUCCUCUCCCCUCGGCGGCCCCAAUCCCUACAUUGGGGGCGCAGGUUCCAUCCCAGCCUGUUCAAGUCUCGUCGGCGCCAGUUCCUGAAUCUCAACCGGUAGCAUCGCUUGCAUCAACAUUCGAGAAACAAUUGACAGUGAUGCCGUCGUCGUCGAAGGCUGUUAGGUUCCCGGACCGGCCGGGAUUUGGACGAGCGGGAAAGAAAAUCCGAGUGCGAGCAAAUCAUUUUCAAGUGCAAGUGGCGCAGCAAGAUCUCUAUCACUACGAUGUUAGUAAAGUGUAUCGCACUCGUGUGGCUAUCACUCCCGAGAUUCCUUCGAAGAAGGUUUCUAGAGAUGUUAUUGGCCUACUGGUUCAAGCACACCGUGAAUCGAUGUUAGGAAAUCGCAUUCCUGCUUACGAUGGGCGAAAAAGUCUUUAUACCGCCGGACCUUUGCCUUUUGAAUCGAAGGAUUUUAAGGUCAAAUUGGGGGAUGACGAUGAACUAGGACCAGGGUCAACUUCUUCUCCUCUCAUUCCUGCUAGGAAAAAGCGUGAACGGGAGUUUAGAGUCACAAUCCGAUUUGCUGCAAAGACUGAUCUUAAUCACCUUAGUCAGUUUCUUAAUCGCCGCCAAUUGGACUGUCCUCAAGAAACUAUUCAGGCUCUUGAUGUUGUUCUGCGGGCUGCACCUUCUGAAAGGUUUGAUGUGGUGGGGAGAUCAUUUUUUUCGCCUAAGUUGGGACCUAAAGGAACGUUGGGUAGUGGGACUGAAUAUUGGCGGGGAUACUACCAGAGUCUUCGCCCAACUCAGAUGGGCAUGUCUCUUAAUAUUGACGUGUCAGCGAGAGCAUUUUAUGAGGCAAUUCCUGUCCUUGAAUUCAUUUCGAAACAUUUUAGACUCAAUCUUGAUAGGCCUUUGCAUGAUCAGGACCGAAUUAAGAUUAAGAAAGCUUUGAGAGGAGUUAAGGUACAAGUUAGUCAUGGACUGAACAUAAGACGACACAAAGUUACUGGAGUGACAACAGAACCUCUUAGAAACUUAAUGUUUACGCUUGAUGACAAUAGAGCACGAACUUCCGUUGUUCAGUAUUUCCAAGAGAAAUAUAAUAUUUCUCUGCGGUAUACACAGCUUCCUGCUCUUCAAGCGGGUAGCGACACUAAGCCAAUUUUUUUGCCUCUGGAGAUUUGUCAAAUUGUGGCUGGGCAGAGAUAUACCAAAAAAUUAAAUGAGGAUCAAGUAACUGCUCUUUUAAGGGCAACUUGUCAGCGUCCUCGUGACAGAGAAAUCUCUAUCACACAGAUUGUGAGGCAGAGCAAUUUCAGAACAGACAAGUUUGCGAAGCAAUUUCAAAUUCAAGUCAGGGAGGAUCCUGCAGUGCUCGAAGCCCGUGUUUUACCUCCCCCAAUGCUUAAAUACCAUGGAGCAGGUGGUGAAUCUCAAGUUGAACCUAGAAUGGGUCAAUGGAAUAUGAUUAAUAAGAAAAUGAUUAGGGGUGGCACUGUUGAAUAUUGGACAUGUCUGAACUUAUCUGCACGAAUACACAGAGAUGCGCCAGGUGACUUUUGUCACCAGUUGGCUGAAAUGUGUAACAGCAAGGGAAUGCGUUUUAAACCAAGCCCUUUAGUGCCUAUAACAACAUCUCAAAGUGGUCAAAUAGAGAAUGCUCUUAUGAACGUUCAUAGGAAGUGCCAAGGGACACUCCAAUUGUUGAUUAUAAUUUUACCUGAUGUCAAGGGGUUUUAUGAGAGGAUAAAGCGCAUAUGUGAAACUGAAUUAGGAAUAGUAUCUCAAUGUUGUCGGCCUAACCAAGUUAUGAAGAUGAACAAGCAAUAUCUUGAGAAUCUGGCCCUCAAGAUAAAUGUGAAGGUUGGUGGUACAAACACGAUAUUGAAUGAUGCAUUUGUGCAUAAAAUCCCUCAUGUGUCCGAUAAACCAACAAUAAUUUUGGGAGCGGAUGUAACACAUCCACAACCAGGGGAGGAUACUAGUCCUUCUAUUGCUGCAGUAGUGGCAUCAAUGGAUUGGCCUUAUGUAACAAAGUAUAGAGGGGUUGUCUCUGCUCAAAAACACCGAGAAGAGAUUAUUCAAGAUCUUUAUACUUCACAUUCAGAUCCUGUUAAGGGACUUGUGCAUUCAGGAAGUAUCAGGGAUUUAUUUCGUGCUUUCCGGAAUUCAACUGGACAAAAGCCACACAGGAUUAUAUUCUACAGAGAUGGCGUGAGUGAGGGCCAAUUCAAUCAAGUAUUGCUUUAUGAGAUGGAUGCAAUAAGAAAGGCUUGUAGCUCGCUGGAAGAUGGCUAUUUACCUCCUGUUACUUUUGUGGUGGUCCAGAAAAGGCACCACACCCGGUUGUUCCCUGAAGAUCACGGAAGUCGAGAUCAGACAGAUAGAAGUGGAAAUAUAUUACCAGGAACUGUUGUUGACACAACGAUCUGUCAUCCUCGAGAGUUUGAUUUUUACCUCAAUAGUCAUGCCGGAAUUCAAGGAACCAGUCGUCCAACUCAUUAUCAUGUAUUGUACGAUGAAAAUAAAUUUACUGCUGAUGAGUUACAGAUUUUUACAAAUAAUUUGUGUUAUACGUAUGCAAGGUGUACUCGAUCUGUUUCAAUAGUCCCUCCCGCAUAUUACGCCCAUCUGGCAGCAUUUCGAGCUCGCUGCUAUAUUGAUAAAGAUAUAUCAGAUGCUGGUUCUGCAACUGGAGGCAAAGAUGGUGGCACGCACUUUGAGGUGAAAUUGCCAUCGGUCAAGGGUAAUGUCCAAGACGUGAUGUUUUUCUGUUGA